GUGGUGAGUGGAAGGUGGGGCCAAAGCUAGACUCACCCAACCCAACAGCACGGUUUAUCAAAACCGUGUUUUGAGUUCUUAUACAGACACCCCACGGCACAGUUCACAACAAAAACACUCCUAUAACUACUGAACAAUCCGAAACCGACAUUCUACAACGUCAAUUUAUGUGUGCCACUUGAGGCUUGACCCUUUUCUCUUUCUUAAACUUUUCAGAAACCCCAUUUUCCUUUCCUUUCCUUUCUAGUUUCCCUCCCUUUGUUGCCACCUCAAUCUGGCUUCUUUUUGAGUUUUUCUGUUCUGGGUCUUACAGGGAAGUCUCAAAGCUCGAAAUUUCAGGUGUAACGUCUCUCAAGUUUUUCUGGAAUCUAAUUAGUUAUUGGCAAUGAGCAAUCUGAAGCUAGGUGUGGAAGUUGUGGGUGCUCAUGACCUUAUGCCAAAAGAUGGGCAGGGAUCAUGUAGUACUUAUGUGGAACUUCAAUUUGAUGGUCAGAAAUUUCGGACUUCGACUAAAGAGAAAGAUCUGAGUCCUGUUUGGAACGAGAAAUUUUAUUUCAAUGUUACUGAUCCUAACAAAUUGCAGACUCUCACUCUUGAUGCCUGUGUGUAUCACUAUAGCAAGAGCAAUAACUCCAAAGUCUUCCUUGGUAAGGUCCACCUCACUGGACCCUCAUUUGUGCCAUAUUCUGAUGCUGUUGUUCUUCACUACCCUCUGGAAAAGAAAAACGUGUUUUCCCGCAUAAAAGGGGAGCUUGGUUUGAAGGUAUUUGUCACUGAUGACCCUUCAGUAAAAUCCUCACACCCUCUUCAUGAGAUUGAACCCUCUGCAGACACAGUCCAACGCUCAACCACAGAUCAAUCACCAGUUUCAUUCGCAAAUUCAAUCCUGAAUGUUUUUUCGCGUAAGAAGAAUGACACAAGGCACACAUUUCACAACCUUCCAAAUUCAAAUGAAGAAAAACAGCAUAAAUCUUCUUCUUCAGAAUCUGGAAAGGCUAGUGCAGACCAUGGGAAGCAUGAGAUUAAACCUGGACUGCCUCCUCCUAGAGUUUUCCAUGCAUAUCCGGGUUUGUCCUCUCCAAUGGAUUAUGCACUCAAAGAGACAAGCCCUUAUCUUGGAGGGGGUCAAGUAGUUGGUGGGCGAGUUAAACGAGGAUAUGGGCCAGCCAGCUCCUAUGACCUUGUUGAGCCAAUGCAAUACCUUUUUGUUCGAGUUGUAAAAGCUCGCGACCUUCCAUCAAAGGGUGUGACUGGUGGCCUUGAUCCAUAUGUGGAGGUAAAGGUUGGAAAUUUCAAAGGAGUUACCAAGCACUAUGAGAAAACUCAGGACCCUGAAUGGAAUCAGGUGUUUGCCUUUGCAAGGGAGAAUCAACAGUCCACUUCGCUUGAAGUUGUAGUCAAAGACAAGAAUAUGUUACUAGAUGGAGUUGUCGGCACUGUGAGGUUUGAUCUUCAUGAUGUUCCUACUCGUGUCCCACCGAAUAGUCCGUUGGCUCCUGAAUGGUAUAGACUUGACAAGGGUAAGGACAAGAAGAAGGGGGAGUUGAUGCUUGCUGUAUGGUUUGGUACUCAAGCUGAUGAAGCUUUUCCUGAUGCCUGGCAUUCUGAUGCUCUCACUCCCAGUGAGCUCUCUUCGUCUGCAUAUGCUCAUAUGCGAUCAAAGGUUUACCAUUCACCGAGAUUAUGGUAUUUACGGGUUAAAGUGAUUGAGGCACAGGACUUACAUUCAUCAGAGAGCUCUCAAAUCCAUGAUGCCUAUGUUAAGCUCCAGAUUGGUAACCAGAUUUUGAGGACAAAACCAGUUGAAUCAAGGAGCUUGGCUCUACGUUGGGAUCAAGAGCUGAUGUUUGUUGCUGCUGAGCCCUUUGAUGAACAUCUGAUUGUAUCAGUUGAAAAUCGUGUCGGUCCCAACAAGGAUGAGACUGUCGGAGUUGUUGCUAUUCCUUUAAGCCAAGCUGACAAGAGGGCUGAUGAUAGAGCUAUCCAUUCCAGGUGGUAUCACCUUGAAGAAUCAAUGUCAUCUGCAAUGGAUGGGGAACAUGAGAAAAAGGAGAAAGAUAAAUUCUUUAGUAGAAUUCACCUCAGUGUCUGUCUUGAUGGUGGUUACCAUGUUUUUGAUGGAUCAACUUAUUAUAGCAGUGAUCUCAGAGCCACAUCAAAGCAGCUCUGGAAGAAGCCAAUUGGUGUAUUAGAAAUUGGCAUUUUAAGUGUUCAUGGACUUCAUCCAAUGAAAACCAGGGAUGGAAGGGGAACAACAGAUACAUACUGUGUGGCAAAAUAUGGGCAUAAAUGGGUUCGUACCAGAACCAUCAGUGACAGUCUAAGUCCGAAAUACAAUGAGCAGUACACUUGGGAGGUUUAUGAUCCAGCCACAGUUCUCACUGUUGGGGUGUUUGAUAAUGGACAACUCAAUAACCCAGAUGGUAACAAAGAUCUAAUCGUCGGUAAAGUUCGGAUUCGGAUCUCAACCCUGGAAACUGGUCGAGUUUACACGAAUGUAUACCCAUUACUAGUCCUACAUCCUUCAGGUGUCAAGAAGAUGGGUGAGUUGCACUUGGCCAUUAGAUUCUCCUGUUUCUCAAUGGUUGACUUGAUGCAGCUAUAUUUCAAGCCUCACAUGCCAAAAAUGCACUACAAAAGGCCCCUUAACAUCAUGGAGCAGGAAAAGCUGCGACACCAAGCAGUGAAUGUUGUUGCUGCACGACUCAGUAGGGCAGAGCCACCUCUUAGAAAGGAGGUAGUUGAAUACAUGUCCGACACAGAUUCUCAUCUUUGGAGUAUGAGGCGCAGCAAGGCCAACUUCUACCGUUUGAUGACAGUGUUUUCUGGGAUUCUCUCAAUUGUGCGGUGGUUGGGGGAGGUUUCUACAUGGAAGCAUCCUAUAACAACUGUGCUGGUGCAUGUUCUUUUUCUGAUGCUUGUGUGUUUCCCUGAACUUCUUCUUCCAACAGUGUUUCUAUACUUGUUUGUUAUCGGCAUGUGGAAUUGGAGGUUCCGUCCUAGGUAUCCUCCUCACAUGAACACCAGACUCUCCUAUGCAGAAGGUGUGACCCCAGAUGAGCUUGAUGAGGAAUUUGACACCUUUCCUUCCUCCAAGAGCCCCGACGUUGUCCGGUGGCGGUACGACCGGUUGAGAAGCGUGGCGGGGAGGAUUCAGAGUGUUGUUGGAGAUUUAGCUACUCAAGGGGAGAGGAUCCAAGCUCUUGUGAACUGGCGUGAUCCUCGUGCCACCACCAUGUUCAUGCUGUUCUGCUUUGUGUCGGCGAUUGUGUUGUAUGUGACACCCUUCCAGCUGCCGAUUCUUCUCACCGGAUUUUACCUUAUGAGGCACCCCAUGCUCCGGAGCAAGGUGCCGCCGGCGCCGGUUAACUUCUUCCGCAGGUUGCCGGCUCUCACGGAUAGCAUGCUGUAAAUGGAUAAUCUUGUGUGUUCUUCAAAACUUAUCUGCUGCUGCCAGUGUUUCAAUCUGGCAUUCAUUUUUGGCAGUGGUUGUAAAAUCAUUGGAGCUAUCUCACUUAGUGUUGUUCAUCGAGUGUUCACACAGUUCAUGCAAAUGUAUACUUGGUGUGGUAAACUCCAAUGUAGUUUUCAUGUUAAUCAGCGUUUUGAACUUUUGUUCUAUGAAUGCUUGAAUGACUCGUAUCUCUGUUCGAUAA